GAAAGCAGGUAGAUGGAAAGUAGAUAGAUUUUUGUUUUUAAUCAAAUUUCCUUUCAUACAGAUCCAGCUUCUGUCAAAUAAAAUACGAUCGGAAUAACGACAUGCAAGGGACUCCUUCAAAGGUCCACGGCUAAAUACCCUCCACUUCUGACUUUCUUCUCCAAGUACUAUUUUUCAAAUCACCCACCUGCUCCCUUCUUUGAUCCAGCCAAGCUAAUCUGCCCAUGGAGUCCUUCCACUUGUGCUCAUUCCGAUUCAAUCAGUUCUCGAACCAUGGAUCCACGGCGGAUUGUUUUGCAAAUUGAAUAGGAAACAAAAUCAAGUCUCUGAUCCCCGGUUGAGAUAACCAAUCAUAUGUGAUGCCACUGUGAUAAAUGCGGUUAGAAAUCAGGAGUUUUUGGGAAUAUUUUGGUUUAUAGCCUCGGAGCAAUCUACAGAAUGGGGAUGAGAAAGGCGUCGCCAUUUUUUGUCGUUCUAUUGGGAUUUGGGUUCUUCAUUGCGACCUACAAUCUCGUGGCUCUGGUAAUGCAUAACCAAAAUUGGAAUUCUCCACUGCAAUUGGUGGAUCGUUCAAACCUUGCUCUUCGAUCUGAUCCUGUUGUUAGGAUGCCAAAUGAAUUGAAGAGGUCGGGAGGUCCAAAGAGGCUGUUUCAUGUGGCUCUCACUGCGACCGAUGCGCCUUAUAGUAAGUGGCAGUGCAGAAUAAUGUACUAUUGGUACAAAAGGAUGAAGGAUGUAGAAGGAUCAGAAAUGGGAGGAUUCACGCGGGUUCUGCAUUCAGGGACUCCGGAUAAUUUGAUGGAUGAGAUCCCUACCUUUGUCGUCGAUCCUCUACCUGCUGGUAUGGAUAGGGGUUACAUCGUACUGAAUCGACCAUGGGCAUUUGUUCAGUGGCUGGAAAAAGCAAAGAUUGAGGAAGAUUACAUAUUAAUGGGAGAACCAGAUCAUGUAUUUGCAAAUCCUUUGCCAAAUUUGUCUCGUGGAGAUUACCCAGCAGCAUUCCCAUUCUUCUAUAUUAAACCAUCUGACAACGAGAAAAUCAUAAGGAAGUUUUAUCCUGAAGAGAAAGGUCCUGUGACAAAUGUUGAUCCUAUUGGCAAUUCCCCCGUCAUAAUAAAGAAGUCUCAGCUUGAAAAAAUUGCUCCAACGUGGAUGAAUGUCUCCUUAAAGAUGAAAGAAGAUCCGGAGACUGAUAAAACUUUUGGAUGGGUGCUUGAAAUGUAUGCUUAUGCUGUUGCAAGCGCAUUGCAUGGUGUGCAACAUAUUCUUCGUAAGGAUUUUAUGAUACAGCCGCCUUGGGACUUGAAGGUUGGGAAAGCAUUCAUUAUCCAUUACACUUAUGGUUGUGACUACUCUUUAAAGGGUGAACUGACUUAUGGAAAGAUUGGGGAAUGGCGCUUUGAUAAGAGAUCACACCUUCAAGGACCAAUACCAAGGAACCUUUCUUUACCCCCACCAGGAGUUCCUGAAAGUGUGGUUAGGCUUGUGAAAAUGGUGAAUGAGGCUACCUCUAACAUUCCUAAUUGGGAUGAAGGAAGGUAGAGAGAUCAGUUAGUAAAGGUGAACUACUUCCUAGCUUCCUUUCCAGAGAACAGAAACGAAUCAGGAGACAGAAAUUAACACCAGAGGCUGUUCAGACAAAAUCUCCCUUCAGUAAGGUCUUUCUUGGAUUCCUCAAUUUGAUAUUUAUGUUGGAGCAAUUGAAAAGUUAUUCUUUUAGCCAAGUUUCUGUAGUUGAAAUGCCUUGUUACAUUAUUUUAACUUAUGGCUUUUGAAAGAUGUGUGGUUUUGAAACUUAAUUUGAUUUGGUUGCCCGGGUGCCACAAUGCAUAAUCUUCCAUUAUUUUGGUAGAAAUGUAUGAAAAGCUUGCACUGAAGGUCUUAGAAGCAUCCAGUUCUGUAAUAAUAGGCUGUGAGGUUGGGUUUGCCGCCAACAUGUAAUUUUAAGAAGAAAACUGUUUCUUGCUCAUUUAAAAGAAGGCUACUUUUUAUCA